UAUUAUGCAUGGCUGUCAUUUGAUGUAUGCUUAUUGCACAGUUUAUGCUCGCCGCUGUCAGAUUUUACUGAAAGUGCUAGCAGUUAAGAGGUUUGCAGGGGAGAGAUUGCUUUUCCAGCGCUGAGGUACACAAACAAGUGGGGUGUUUAUGAUAGGAUUAGAAAAAUUUCAAAUCAAUCUCGAAUCUUGGGCUGAUUUGCUGCGCAAAAUGUUCUAGUUAAGCAUAAGCUCGGCAGAGAAGAGUACAGAAUACGAACCGUAGUACGAUCAAACUGAAAGAUUAUCAAUAGAUCUGGAAGUUAACCAAAGCAACGUUUCCACCUGUAUUACUUGCGGAAUUAUUUCUAACAGUCAUGGGAGAUAGCGUAAAAACAGACCCGAAAGGAUGUGUUUUCUCGCUGCUGUAUUCGUUAGGUUCUUUUGGAUUGGCUUGUGCAAGCCUAUGGGAACUGAAUCCAUCUGAUCGUAUUACAGUGCAGAAAGGAGCAUUGCUUAUCAGCUUAGGAUUUGUGUAUUUUGUAGCUCUAACAGAGUUCCUGAACAAACUGAUCCUCCGGACAAGUCUAGGACUAUGUUUUGUUAAACGAUAUCGAUUGAGGAUUUCGGAUGUACUAGAUAUUACCAACAAAAUCGUUUCGGCUGUCCAGGCUAUGUUUUCAUGUUUGGCGGGAUUCUUCGUUUGCCGAUGGUCGUGUCCACGGAACUUUCUGCAAGCAACGCACUUCAUGUCCGAAUCAUACGCAUGGUUUGCAGCGUCGUACUUCUUCUAUGACAUCUGGUCCAUGUACAAGGUAUACGCAGCCGAAGCGUCAAACAAACUUCUAAGCAAGCUUGGACUUAUGCCUAACAAUGGGGAAGCAAAAGCCACGAUCAACGGGAAAACAAAUACUGAAAAAAGUAGUGGCACGGUUGGGACCGAACUAAAAGCCGUAGAUGACAUUCCUAGCAUUAGCAACGGCACCUUAAGCAUUCUACUAUCCAGUAAGCUGGGAACGCCUAGCUUUUUACGGUAUUUGAUAUCGCAUAAAUUGAUGGUGUUCCACCAUUUGUUCAUCGGUUCGUAUGGUUUGGCCGUGAUAUCGUUUCUUCGUGGCGGACUAGGAGACUGUGUAUUUAGCUUUAUGUACAUGAUGGAACUGUCGACGCCAUUUGUAUCAUUCCGUGGUAUUUUAAGCAUUUUGGGAUUGAAGGAAAGCAAAGUCUACGUACUCAACGGAUUAGUGAUGUUGGUCACAUUUUUCUGGUGCCGAGUGUUUUUGAUGCCGUACGUGUGCUACUAUUAUAGCCAAGUGGUUAAUUUGCCGUUUUUUGAAGCUCUGUGGCGCCUUCCACGGGGAUGCAAGAUCAGCAUUAUAGCCCUAUUCUUGCCCCAGUUAUACUGGUUCCGCCUUAUGAUCAGAGGAGCGAUAAAGGUUUUUAUUUCCAGCAAAAAAUCACCUGUAAAAGGCGCAAUGUCGAACGGCACAACGGGUAAUGGAGUCGGGUUGAAACCAAUACAAUCCAAAGAUAGCGAAAUAAGAUCGCUUAUGUAAGCAGAAAAGUCCAGUGCUUUUUGUGUUUAUUUUUAUAUAUUUCAUUAUAUUUCAACUUUGAUGUCUCUGCAAAGUUUUAAGAUGCAAAGUCAGGGUGAAUGUUACGGCACAAGAGUCAGUCCCACCCUCCCUACUUCCGGUAGUUUCGUCGAAAUUAAUUUGCUUUAGAGAGAAAAUUGCAGAAUAAUCCUCUAACGUCACAUUAUAAACAUUACAUUCUAGUUCACUUUUUAGUUCCCUUUUCACUCGCUAGUCAUAGUUAGUAUCGUGAAAAACCCUGCCUUUGGAAACCUUUUUCUGCAUGUGACAUAGUUUUAUGAGCUUCUAUAAAGAGCUAACGAAUGCAUAGAAAUCAAGUUAUGCUCGGAAGUUACAACCACAAUAACCGUCCAGGUUUUAUGAGUCACUUGAAUGAGGAAGAUCCUAUAAACUCCGAAAGUGAACAACAAAACCUGAACUGUUAUAUUAGAUGAAGUUUUCCAAGAACACUAGGUUUCCCAUCUAGAGAAAAAGAUAAUUUAAGUUUCAGACGUGUAGCGGGCUAGUGGCGUAACUGUGAACAAUCAGUAUUCAUGGGAAAAUAUAAAAUUGAUAAUGCACAUAAUCUUAUUGGUUGAGGAUGUUGAAAGGUUUUUCAAACCUCUCACAAACAACCUUGGUUUUGGGUUUUUUUCAUAAAAUUUAACGCAUCUAUGUCGCGGUGAUCAUUGGUUCAUUUACAAAUAAAGAAAGGUGGGAAUGUUAGGAACAUAACAGAAGUGACGUAGAAUACUCCUCAUUCAAAGAUUUUUUUUAAAAAAUAGCACAAAAACUUUUGUUUGCAUUGAAAAGGCUGCAAGCGACAGUAAAAGGUUUGCGUCAACUGUUGACGUAAGACUAAACUACUAAAAUGUAAGCAAUCAUUCGGUAGUUGGGCGCUCGUUAACUGGUCUGCUUUUUAACUGGGCGUUCGGCAACUUGGCUGUAGCCCAGAUAAAAAGUAGAAACAAGCCAAAGUAUGAACGUCAAAUGUAAUUUGACAUUUUGAUGCUAAAACUAAUCUAGGACAAGCAAAUAGAAAAUAAUUUUGGUAAAUAAAUAACAGUAAUAUCAAUUUAAAUCGCAUGUUAGUAAAGGAGUUAUUGAGAAGCGUAAUCAGUUGAAUACAUUUAAAAAUUGGUUUAGGUAAUAGUAAAGUUUUACCAGCUCAUGUAUUCAAAAACUAAUUGUGUAUUCUUCUCUCCUUCUAAAUUGAAAUAUUAUUGAAAAAUGCUGAAAUAUCCAUGAAUUUCGAAAAAGACCAAUAAGCCGACUUCUAAAGUACAUUUGAGGGGGUAUUGUGCAAAAAUACAUCCUGCUUCAUUCUUGAAAACUUGAAUUAGCCCUUGCUUGUUAGGUGUUCGUAUUUACCCCUUCGCUGUUCGCUGAGCAAAAGUUGAAAAGUAUUUGUCGAUAUUUUUCGGUAAUCUAUUAAUUGACUACGUGACCAUAACAAUAUUCUUUCAAUAGCAUCGAUAUCGCCCCUGGUGAUUUUUACCAUUUGACAGGGGGUGGCAUUCGCUUACUGGGCUGCAGACUUAGCCCAGUUACCGAACAGUUGCUGUCUUCGGAUUAAUAAUAAACGAAAAAUAUACUCAAUUCGUUAAUAAGAAUCCCAAUUGGUCGGUGUUAAGUCAGACCGGACUAAGCCACAAAACAAAAAAAAUGAGAUAAUCACCCUUAUUCUUGUUUACGACGAAUGCGAGAUUCGUUCGAAAGUGAUUCGAACGAAUAGUAAGCCCAUUUGAUUUUGCUGUCCUAAACGGGAAUACAAACCACUUUCGAACGAAUCUCACAUUCGUCGUAAACAAGAAUAAGGGCGAAUUAUAGCAUUGGAUAAAGAAUUUCGUCGGCUAUAUUUCGACUCUUGCCAGAUUUGAAAUAUGCAACAAUAAACAAGAAUUACGGCAAAAAUUAAUUUCCAAUAAUAAUGUAAAGGAUGCUGCGAUUCAAACCUUAAACUCGUUUUUCUCGAAAUCAAUAUUUUGUCACUUAGUCCGGUCUGACUUAACACCGACCAAUUAGUGUAGGAAAUUAAUUUAAUUACCAACAAAAACGGAUGCGCAUGGAGUUGAGGUUUAUGGUUAUCGCACAAUUUUUCAACCAAAUUGCUUUGACGCCGAUAGAUGAAUUUGCAUUCCUAAGAAUUGCGGUACAACUCAUCCACGAUUCCCAUACUAUUUUAGGUGAAAAUUAAUUGGAUGUUUUCCGCAUCGCGAUGCGUGCUUCUCAACAAACAUGCCUCAAUUUCAGACAUGGAGUGGCGUUUCCACCACUCUUAGUUGCUAUUUCCGACUAAUAGUGCUACGCCAAUUUCGCGGUUAUGUCCCUGGCAUUACUCACCUGUCUCUUCUAGUUUCUAUUUUCGCGUAGUCGUAAGUAAAUAAUUUGAUACAAAAAAUAUUGUUCAAAAUCUUCGUAGUUACGUUGCCAGUUCGCUUAUCGUCUCAAUUCUUACUUCCAUUAUGCAGUGCAUACUAAAUAAAUAUGGCAAGAAUGUAUAUUUCCUGCGGUACUAAUAUUUACAAUGCAAUAGGUGAUAGAUUUAUUAAGCUUAAAUACUGACACGAAUCAAAGGUGUAGAAAGUUGGCAGGAUGGCUAACUUAGACAAAACUGUUGCUAAUUUGUUGAACAGCAAACUUGAAACACUGCUAGAAACAGUUGAUAACAUUCAAAUGUUAGUUCAAGAUGGUAUGUGGCAUCGGUUGGAAUUUUUCAAUCGAAAAAAUAUAUAUAAAUGUCAUGAGCUUUCAUUUUUAGAAAAUAUACACGUAUACAAAAUGUUUGGAAAUAUUUUUAAUCGUAAGUGUGCCACUUGAAACAUGUUUCUUGCAUAUGAUCAUUAUACUGAACGAAAAAUAGAGUUGAAUGUAGCCGUGAGUUGUACACAUAUUCAAAAUCAUGCUAGCCGUUGAACAAAACUUAAUGCUAUGAGAGGUAAUCAAAGCCAAAAGACUAUAGAUAUUUAGGUAAUUGGAGUUCGUAACGUUACCGAAACUAUGCAGUUAUUGACAAAAAAGACACUUCUACGCUUGUAACGAAAAACACAAAUUUGCAAAGUACGUACAUGCUGUUCUUCAUUGUUUAAAAUAUAUUCAUUGUUUGAUGUUUCUUCCCAAUGAGGUGAAAUACGUGUGAUAUCCGGUCAACAUAAGGUAAAUUACAAACUGUAAAAUGUGUUGCAUAAUGUGAAUGUUUAACCGGAGCUCCGCAAUGUUAAGCGUAAAUUGCAAAGAAAAUAUAAUAAUGUAAUAUUUUGGAUUUUUCAACAGGUUUAGUGAUUAUUGAUGCGACACAAAUGAUAGUUGAAAGAGUGAAAAAUCAAAACAACCCCGAUGUUAUGUGUAAUACGCUGAAAUUCGGCAAUAAAACAAGCUUUCACAAAUAAA